AUGGAAUUAGGUGAACCGACACCUGAAGCUCUACAGCGAAAAUUGUAUUUUCUACUAGAACAACUCCAGGAAAUGGCUAGAGAAUUACCACCAAAAUAUCAAAUGAGAGUACCAAUAGAACUUCUGUCUGGGUUGGCCAAUUGUCUGCUUAAUGAAACUGUAUUUGAAAUAGUAAUUGGACUUAUGGAAAUUCAGCAUGUCACAGAAAAACAUUUAUUUCAACAAAGACAGCAAGUCAUUAACAAACACACUUUGGAAAUUCAAAAUAUGAUAAAUACAACUGCACCUGAACAACAAGACCUACAAAAAGCUAUCUUAUUAGAAAGGCAUAGAGAAGAGCUGCGACAGACAGAUAUGAAAUUAGUUCUUCAACUGGAUCAAAAAGUUAGUGAUCAGCAGGUGACUUUAGAAAAGGCUGGAGUACCUGGCUUCUUUGUAACUAACAAACCUAUAGAAGUGAAAGUACAAAUGUACCUCCUUGACUUUAUACUUAGGCUAAGUAAAAUGGAUAUUCCUUGA